CCGACAUCAUCUGCCGCGAGCGCUCUGCAGAAUCAUGGCAUCUCAACAGCCGUGCUUGGCGCGAUACUAGGAAGCAUCCUUGGUGUCUUGCUGCUCUUAGUGAUCAUGCUUUCUUUGUGCCUCCUUAUUAGACGGAAUCGUCGUCGUUCAAGAGUUUCUCCCGAAGGCACCAAUACCGGCACCUCGAGCUUCUGGAACCGUUCCACGACACUCUUCUCGAUCCGCCGUGACGAUACUCGUCGCCAGACGCCAAUAUGGACCGGCUGGGAGUUCGUCGAGGCAGAGGCUGACUCCCAGGGAAGCAGAGGUUCGAGGAAUGGUGGGCAUGAGAGUCCGCCGCAUUCACCUGGCGAAGGCUCUCCCCGCGGCAGCGGUGAAGAGGCUGAUCCUUUCUUGACAAGGCGUAGCGUCCGGAGCGCAACUCUCGCUGAUGAGACGCAGACGAAAUCCGACACGCUAGUAAGCAUGCCCGCCGCCGCCGUGCUUGGCAGUGGCACUCCAAGGUCAAGCCCACCGCAGGGAGGACACAUUAUUCCUCGGGACGUGCUAGCUCGUAUGGCGGAGUCCGAACAAGAAGAAUCCUCUCCGUAUAGCAUUCGCAUCGUCCAUCCUUCACCGCCGCAGGAUCAGUCACCGCUCCUUCCACCGCCCCCUCUGGACCCUGAUGGUCUUGCAGGUCUGGGCGUACGCAAUCAGGCACGCCCUAUCUCGGAUCGCUCGGUUGGCUCGCAGAAGACGCAAGACCAGUCCAUGUACUCGGAAAAGUCCGGCGCCAGCCUUGAGACCGACCCGGCCGAGCUUCUAGUUGCACAGCGUGUCAAAGUGGGCGCGACACCAUCGCACUCAAGGCUCGCAACGAUCGAAUCUGCGAGUGAGCCUAGCAGAUCGAGUAGCGCAUUGGGGCUGAGUGGGCUAAGCUCUCGCCUGGGGCGGCUCAGUUGGUUCAGACGCAUGUCCUCUUCUGGGCCUUCUACGUCACCUUCAGAUACGCGGCAGGAUACAGCUGCUGAUUCCUACACGCGAACCCCGCCGCGCGCGUCUCGCAAUGGCUCCCCUCGCCACUCCCGCCGUGGUUCUGUUUCAGGCUCAACGCGUUUACUCGAUGACGCAGACCUUGAGGCAGGCCCCGUUAGCCCUACGCAACGUCCGCCAAGGCGCAACUCCGGACUUGGCCUCGGUUUGCUUGCAGCCGGCGACCGCCCCAUGUCGAGUGUCAGCGCGAAGAGUACUGUUUCAGCCAGCGGGAACACCGUCUAUCACUCUGCGCGCUCUCGCCCUGCGAGUUCCGUUGUGGACUUCCCGAUGCCUGUCACUGCGCCUGACGCGCAGGAACGCCUCUCUCACGCCCCCGCCGGCUCGGACGCCGCUUUUGCAGGUCCUCCGCCUGCUUAUGCUGUCGUGGACGACAAUAGCAGCAAUCAUGCGAGCAACGGGAGCAAUGGAAACAGUGAUCGAGCAAUCCCUCCCUCGCGUGUGGAGCGCCCGCCGUCUGAGAUCGAUAUUCUCGAUAUUCCUGCGCCCGGCCCAGCGUCGCCAUUCAUCUCUGCUAGGCCGGCGUUCCCGCCCGGUCUUAUACCGCUUCCGCAACAAUGGCGUGACUCAUACACAACUGAUGGGUCCAGUCCAACCAGUGCUGGCGUUGCGAUCGACAUUCUGGAUGACACGCCGCCCACUGCGCUCGAAGGCUGGAGGGAUCUGUCUGGUGCUGGAGAGCGGCGCCAGACAUUCGGCGUGGUGAGUAUGCCUUGGAGUGUUGGACCAUCGCCCAAGGCUAACCCGUCCGCCUUCCAGCCUCCCGCCGUGCAGCAAGCCGAUCCCGCAACCUCACACCACGCCUCCUUGCAUUCUCUGCCUUCGCACCUCCGCGUUCCGUCAUCCCGUAGUGCGACUGACUCUGCGCCGUCGUCGCAGCACAGCCAGGGUGGCUCUGCGUCGUCAAGACCGUCGCAACGAUCUCAGCUGCGGGAUGUAAGUACAUUCUCGGAAGAGAGCGAAGAAAGCCGACAUGACGUCCCACCAUUGCGCUCGCCACCCUUGUCAGCCGUGAGAGGCAGCUUCGCUAGCAUGCAGGGCGCCUCGCGCCGGGUCUCGACGCGGCGUCUCUCGCAGCAGCCAUCGCAACACUUAGCUGCUGAUCCGCCUUCGCUCCAAGCACUCCCGGUGCAGGGUCCGCCUCCUGCCUACAUGGCGCCGCUGCUCGGCACCAUCAACUCCGCAACGUCGGAUACGCACUCGAGCGUGACGACUGCCAUGACAGACCCUAUCACCGGCGCGAUCAUGCACUUCCCCAGCCUGCCGUACGCACGCGGCCAGCAGACAGAUGCGAGACGGGAGUCACGCAGUGAGGAGAGCGGGACCGAAGAAGAGCAUUGGUGAUACUUUUCCACGCCGACCGCCCGGAUGCUGAGAUCUACCUGUGGACGAACUUUUAUGACUGUUGUAUUACUUGUUUUAUCCUCACGGAUCGUGGGAACCUCCUCACGAACACUGUUAUACUCUGCUUUCGCGAUACCUUCCAGCCUGUACUUUUGCGAUCCCUUACUGUCACGAUCCUGCCACGCGAUACGACUUCUCCCUUAGCUAUCAACGAUGUUUCAUCGCUCUGUUUGUUGUUCUACUUAGGAUUUGGUUACGAUACUUGUCGCGCCCGGAGCAGACUUCGAAUCCACUACGUUUCU